AUAUAAAAAUAUUUUUUACAAGUAAAUGUGGGGUUUUGUGAAGAAUGUCUCAUCCAUCCUUUAUACUGUAUAUAGUAUAUUUGUACAUUAUUUUGACAACGACUUGCUUUUUUAAGAAAUAAAGAAACAUCAAACAUAGUGACUUUGCAGUUUAAGUUUCUGGAAACAGAGUAAAGGCAGGGAACAGUUGUCAUAUCCCUGAGACCAAGUCCAAAUAUAACCAACUAUUAAUAGAAUAUCCUCACAGUCUGGGCUUCAUGUGUUCAACGCCACACUACGGUGAAGUGGCUGUCUGAGAGAAGGCCUUCUACACUAUUUGGCUGUGUGCUCUGGACUCAGCAUGGGGGACUUCCAGCAGUUUGAGCAGGACUUCUACCAGACAGGAUAUUACAUAGAUGACCAAGGUCACACUGUGGCCUACAGCUAUGAUGCCUAUGAUUCCGACCCUUCUGCUUAUUACGACAAUGGAAGUCAGGCUUUCAUGCCAGGUGUUCUGGAUCCUUCCAUGGAGCAGCAGUACACUGGACAGUUCUACCAGCCCUCUGGGACUGUGGGAGACAAAGGAACAAAUUCCCUUGAACUGGAGCCUCCUCUUCUUGAGGAACUUGGCAUCAAUUUUGAUCACAUCUGGCAAAAGACAUUGACGGUGUUGAACCCUUUUAAGCCUGCAGAUGGCAGCAUUAUGAAUGAGACUGAUUUGACAGGUCCUAUCCUGUUCUGCAUCGCACUGGGGGUCACUUUAAUGAUGGCUGGUAAAGCCCAGUUUGGCUACGUGUAUGGGAUCAGUGCUACAGCCUGUAUUGGAAUGUACAUCCUGCUGAGUCUGAUGAGUUCUCUGUCAGUGUCGUAUGGUUGUGUGGCCAGUGUCCUGGGCUACUGCCUCCUGCCCAUGGUGGCCCUCUCUGCAUUUGCUGUCUUCUACUCUCUGCAAGGCGUCCUGGGUACAGUCCUGGCCUUACUGGUGGUUUGCUGGUGUAGUCUUUCUGCCUCCAAGAUCUUCAUCUCCACCCUGGCUAUGGAAGGCCAGCAGCUGUUGGUGGCCUACCCAUGUGCCCUGCUUUAUGGGCUCUUUGCACUGCUCACUGUAUUCUAAAUGUCAUCAGAGUACACCCAGAGGGAAAUCUUUAUUAUUCAAGCACAAUCUUUUGUUUUUAUUCUAUUUUUUAUUUGUUACUUUUGCCAACAAAGUAAGAGGUAAAUGUUUUCCACCCCUGUCUAUUUUUCUGUUAAGGUAAAAGAUCCAAUGGAAAAAUAUGGGGAUGAUUGUUCUCAUCUGAUUACUGCAUUUUGUUGAUGACUUGUGCCAUAAGAUGUUUGAAGUUCUGGCAGUGCGUUCCAAAAGUUUAUGUUAAUCAGGAAGGUUCACACUUAAAAGUGUCACAUUGGCAGAAACUGGAAAUGGUGGGUUUAGAAAUAGAGCUUCAGUGCUUCCUUUCCUGUCUCCUUUAGUGCAGGAAACACAGAAGCAUGCAUUAGGACAGUGGUUCAGUGUAGUGGUAAACAUGGGUUCUAAGGGAUCCUGAGAUAAUUACUGGAGUAUGGAACAAGAAGAACCUUUUCUCAAAUCUUUUUUUUGUUUUUGUUAAAAGUUUCUCCUCAGGCCUCUAACAAUUAUUCAGGUGAAACAAUCUGACAUCUGUGUCCAGCAACAGACUAUAAAUGUGAGUGUUCCUCCUCUAUCUGCAAUGAAUUUCAUUAAAGAUUUGGGUUUAAAUCAUAACACAGAACAUGUGUUUGAGUAAUACACACGAUGUUAGAGGACAGAAAGAGACUAUUGAUUAACUGUUUCACUCAUUUUGAAAACAUUAUCAUGUACAAAACUAAGCCUCUAACUCUCCUCUUACUGUAUUACAGCUUCAGUUCCAGACUAAAUCCCUAACAUUAAUGCGCUUGUUUUUAUAUCAUUUGAUUUUAUUCUCUUUCAUUUGAAUACAACCUUUAAGGCCUAUUUACAUUUUAGUUAAAUUAUUUAAUUUAAUACUUGCAUUUAUGUUUGACUAAG